UCCCCGUCAACUCUGUUUGAGGAAGUGUUAAAAUGCCGCUAACUGUGAGAAAUAUGCUUUAAUAGAGUUUAUUGGAGGAUUCAAAGAGUGGGUUCUCUUCAUUUGGAGGAUUCGGACACUCGGUUCCAUGGAGGGAACUUCUAGAAGCCCCGCUGUUGCCGGACCGUCGGUCGCCGGGCCAUCGGUUGCCGGGCCGACCGUUACUGGGCCCACCGUUGCCUCUCAGGUUCCUUUCCUGGACUUGUGCAACGUUCUGGAGAAGAUCCAGAAGUCCAAGCUGCGUCCGGAGAAGUCGAAGAUCCUGCGGGACUUCAUGGACUCGUGGCGGAGCUUCCAUUCGGCGCUGCACAAGGACGACCCCGACACCAGCGACUCCUUCUACCCCGCCAUGCGCCUGAUCGUGCCGCCGUUCGAGCGGGAGCGGAUGGCGUAUGGCAUCAAGGAGAACAUGCUGGCCAAGCUGUACAUCGACGUCCUGGGACUCCCGAAGAAUGGGCCGGAGGCCGGCAAGCUGCUGAACUACCGCGCGCCGACCACCACCCAGGGGGACGCCGGGGACUUCGCCAGCAUGGCCUACUUCGUCCUGAAGAAGCGCUGCGCCAGCCGGGGCAGCCUGAGCAUCGCCGAGGUCAACGACUUCCUGGACUCGGUGGCCGUGAACAACGCGGGGAAGAAGAAGAACCUGGUGAAGGACGGCCUGCUGCAGCUCAUCACGCGCAGCUCGGCGCUGGAGCAGAAGUGGCUGAUCCGCAUGAUCCUGAAGGACAUGAAGCUGGGCGUCAGCAAGGAGACGGUGCUGCAGGUGUUCCACCCCGACGCCCCCGAGCUCUACAACGUCAACACCGACCUGAAGAAGGUGUGCCUGCAGCUGCACCGCCCGUCCGUGUCCCUGAGCGACGUGUCCGUCGGGCUCUUCUCCGCCUUCAAGCCCAUGCUGGCCGCCGUGGCCAACAUCCGCCACGUGGAGCGGCAGAUGGGCGGCGCGCCGUUCUACAUCGAGACCAAGCUGGACGGGGAGCGCAUCCAGCUGCACAAAGACGGCGACGUGUACAAGUACUUCAGCCGCAACGCCUUCGAGUACACGCAGCAGUUCGGCGGCUCGCCGCUGGAGGGCUCGCUGACGCCGUACAUCCACAACGUGUUCCAGAGCCACGUGGUCAGCUGCAUCCUGGACGGCGAGAUGAUGGCCUUCAGCCCGGCGGCCGACGUCUUCAUGCAGAAGGGCAGCAAGUUUGACGUCAAGCGGCUGAUGGAGGACUCGGAGCUGCAGGCCUGCUUCUGCGUCUUCGACGUCCUGCUCAUCAACGGACGCAAGCUGGGCAAGGAGCCGCUGGCGGAGCGGCGCCGCAGCCUGCAGACCGUCUUCACCCCCGUCAGGGGCCGCCUCCACCUGGUGGCCCAGGCGGAGGCGCGCACGGUGCAGGAGGUGGUCGCCGCGCUCAACGACGCCAUCGACAGCCGGGAGGAGGGCAUCAUGGUGAAGGACCCGGCGUCCGUCUACAAACCCGACAAGCGCGGCGAGGGCUGGCUGAAGAUCAAGCCGGAGUACGUGGACGGCCUGAUGGACGAGCUGGACCUGCUCAUCGUCGGGGGCUACUGGGGGAAGGGCCGGCGCGGCGGCAUGAUGUCCCACUUCCUGUGCGCCGUGGCUGAGGCGGCGCCGCCCGGCGAGGAGCCGUCGGCGUUCCACACGCUGUGCCGCGUGGGCUCCGGCUACACCAUGAAGGAGCUGUACGACCUGGGCCUGAAGCUGGCCCCGCACUGGAAGGUGUUCCGCAAGAGCGACCCGCCGCCCGCCGUGCUCUGCGCCGCCGAGAAGCCCGAGGUGUACAUCGAGCCGCGCCACUCCGUCAUCGUGCAGGUCAAGGCGGCGGAGAUCGUCUCCAGCGACAUGUACCGGACCGGCUGCACGCUGCGCUUCCCCCGCAUCGAGAGGAUCCGCGACGACAAGCUGUGGCACCAGGCCACCACGCUGGCCCAGCUGGACCGCUUCCGCACCAAGGCGUCCGGCAAGCUGGCGUCGCGCCACCUCCGCAUCGACGGCGACGAGCCGCAGAAGAAGAAGCGCCGGGCGCCGCAGAAGGCCAAGACCACGGCCGGAGUCCUCAACCACUUCAAGGCCCAGGACCUGUCCGCCGUCGCCAUGGAGACCGACAUGUUCCAGGACGUGGAGUUCUGCAUCCUCAACGGGACCCAGGAGCACUCCAAGUCCGAGCUGGAGAGGGGCGUGGCCAGGUGCGGAGGGCUGGUGGUUCAGAACCCGGGCCCGGACACCUACUGCGUGGUGGCGGGCGUGGAGAACCGGCGCGUGAAGAACGUGGUGCAGUCGGACCGCCACGACGUGGUGCACGCCUCCUGGCUGCUGGCCUGCCUGGACCGCCGCCAGGUGGUGCCGUGGCAACCGCGCCACAUGAUCCACAUGUCCCCGCCCACCAGGGAGCACUUCGCCAAGGAGUACGACGCCUACGGCGACAGCUACUUCGCCGACACGGACGAGCGGCAGCUGCGGGAGGUGUUUGAGCGCAUGGCGGCGGGCGGGGCGGCGGCGGCGGACGUGGACGUGGCCCGGCUGGAGGAGCGCUACGGCUGGAGCGACCUCGCCACCAGCAUGUUCAGACCCUUCCGCGCCUACCUGGAUGGCGCCGACCCCCUCCUGCGCCUGCGGGCGCUGGAGUUCCGCCUCCACGGCGGGACGGUGGCGGCGGCGCCGGAGGAGGGCGUGUCGCACGUCCUGGUCGCCACGGAGACGGCGGCCGGCGAGCUGAAGGCCCUGCGGCGCCGCUUCACCAGGAAGUUCAAGAUCGUCAGGGAGGCCUGGGUGACGGACUGCAUCCAGGCCGGACACCUGCUCAGCGACGCCCCCUACCUGCUCUGAGAGGCUUUUAUUCUGAAAAGCUUCACCCUGCAUCCAGGCUGGUCACCUGCUCUGAAAAGCUUUUAUUCUGAAGGGCUGCACCCUGUGUCCAGGCUGGACCCUUGCUCUGAAAGGCUUUUAUUCUGAAGGGCUUCACCCUCCAUUAAGGCCGUACACCUGCUCUGAAACACUCUUAAUCUUUUAUUCUGAAAGGUUCAAUCCUCCAUCAAGGCUGGUCACCUGGUCUGAAACACUCUAAUCUUUUAUUCUGAAAGGUUCAAUCCUCCAUCAAGGCUGGUCACCUGGUCUGAAACACUCUAAUCUUUUAUUCUGAAAGGUUCAAUCCUCCAUCAAGGCUGGUCACCUGGUCUGAAACACUCUAAUCUUUUAUUCUGAAAGGUUCAAUCCUCCAUCAAGGCUGGUCACCUGGUCUGAAACACUCUAAUCUUUUAUUCUGAAAGGUUCAAUCCUCCAUGGAGGCUGGUCACCUCAUCUGAAACACUUUAAUCUCUUAUUGUGAAGGGUUUAAUCCUCCAUCAGGGCCGGUCACCUACUCUGAAAUGCUUUUAUUCUGAAAGGUUUAAUCCUCCAUGGAGGCCGGUCACUUCAUCUGAAAUGCUUUUAUUCUGAAGGGUUUAAUCCUCCAUGGAGGCCGGUCACUUCAUCUGAAAUGCUUUUAUUCUGAAGGGUUUAAUCCUCCAUUGAGGCCGGUCACUUCAUCUGAAAUGCUUUUAUUCUGAAGGGUUUAAUCCUCCGUGGGGGCCUUCACCAACUCUGAAAUGCUUUAAUCUUUUAUUGUGAAGGGUGUAAUCUGGGAAAUUGUGUCUUGAGCAAUAGUCCCCAAUAAAGAAGUGUCAGUGUUUUUACCUGGAGGACAUGGAAGUGACGGGUUCUCCUGAUGAGAACGUUCUGGUCUCUGUGGAAAGACUCUCCCCCUGUGAGGAGGAGGAGGGUUUUCAGUUAUUUGAUGGAAGAAGGAGAACGUUUCUCAUCGGAUCCUCAUUUCCAUGCUCUCCUGCUCUGCAGACGUGUGGAAAUCUGCCUCGUGGUUUUACUUGUUCAUGUUUUGGUGCAGUACUGCUGAUCAAUAAAGGUUUUCAA